AUGUUGUCUGCAAUAAACUUUCAAUGGAGAAUAUUAUCAGAAACAUUCCAGAAAUUUUUAUUUUUCAGCUGGUGUCAGAACAAAGAUAUCUUAGCCCACAAUCAGACAUUAUCAGAGUACCUAGUCAAACAGAAACAUUUAAUAAUCCAAAUGAUAGUGACUCUAAAAAGACUGGGAAGAUUUGGCACUGAUGCUUCUGUAGGUUAUGUUGCAAAGUCUCUUGGCGUCAGUUUAGAAUCAGUAGUUAAAUACACCCGCAGAUUCAUUGCUGGUAUUCACUCAAUUGAAAGUCCCACUGUGUUUUGGCCAGAUGAAAACAAACCUGUGUGUAUUAGCCAGCAAAUUGAAAAGCAAACAGACUUCACUUUGUGUAUUGAACUUGGUGACAAGAAUUUUUAUAGCCAUAAAUCCAUUUACUGUCUUUCAGCAAUGAUUGUUUGUGAUAAAAAAAAAAGAAUCUGCCAUUGCUUUACUGGAUGGCCAGAGUUUUCUCAUAUUGCCAGAGCCUACGCCAGCAGUCAACUUGCUUUGUCUCUAAAAACUCACUUCUCUAAAGACCAGUACUUGCUAGGAAAUCCGGCCUAUACAUCAUCAAUGGAAGUAGUUUCUGAGUACAAGAAGCCCUCCAAUGAUACACUCUCAGCUAACAAUGUACUUUUUAACCAACUGCAUACCAACUUAUAUGUCCAAAUAGAGCAUUGCAUUAUUAUUCUCAAGUCAAGAUUUGAAUCGUUGAAAGAUCUCCAUACAAGUGUCCAUGACAAAUACAGUCUCCUUAAUUAA